UUGUGCUGGCUGCAUUCCCAGUGAUACGACCAGAGCUCAAGGCCAUCAGGACCUACCAGCCCUGCCUGGAAGUGACCCUCUGAGGGUUAGGGCUUGAUGAAGUAUUUCAGGCUGAUGGCGUGGGUUUGCUGGAAUUGUCUUUAGAAUUAAAAUAGGUGUCUUUUAUUGUAUAUUUGAACAUUUCAUGUUUUCUUUGUGUGUUACCAAGAAGCCCUCAAUGUGAAUUUUUAUGAAUAUAACAUUAUGAUUAUAUACACUAUAUCUUAACAUAUUCAAGGUCUAAUAAAGCAUUUCUAUGAAGAAGGAAAGCAUUGUUUCAGACCCCCAUGUGACUUUUUCAGAUAUGUGUUCGAGACAGAGCGUUAUGUGUGGAAGCUGAGAAUGCCUGGAAGAUUUCUUGCUUCUGUCACUGCUUUUCCUGCCUUUUCACAUCCCAGCCUGAUAUGGAUGAUGUGAUAUUCAGAGGGACCCCUUAAUCAAACUCAUUCUUCAGCAAGACACAUCUGGCCAAAGAUUGUGCAAAUACUUCAAGAUGGCUAGUCAACCACCAGAAGACGCCGUGGAGUCCCAGGUCUCCGAUGAGCUCGAGUGUAAGAUCUGCUAUAAUCGAUACAAUCUGAAACAGAGGAAACCCAAGGUGCUGGAGUGUUGUCACAGGGUUUGUGCCAAAUGCCUCUAUAAGAUCAUAGACUUCGGGGACUCCCCUCAAGGUGUCAUCGUCUGUCCUUUCUGCAGGUUUGAGACAUGCCUGCCAGACGAUGAAGUUAGUAGCCUUCCUGAUGACAACAACAUCCUUGUGAACUUGACUUGCGGAGGCAAAGGCAAGAAGUGCCUGCCAGACAACCCCACUGAGCUGCUGUUGACCCCCAAGAGGCUGGCCUCUCUCGUCAGUCCUUCUCACACUUCCUCCAACUGUCUGGUUAUAACCAUCAUGGAGGUGCAGAGAGAGAGCUCCCCGUCUCUGAGCUCCACUCCUGUGGUAGAAUUCUACAGGCCUACAAGUUUUGACUCUGUUACCACUGUGUCACACAACUGGACUGUGUGGAACUGUACCUCCCUGCUGUUUCAGACAUCCAUCCGGGUGUUGGUUUGGUUACUAGGUCUGCUCUACUUCAGCUCUUUGCCCCUAGGGAUCUACUUGCUGGUUUCUAAGAAGGUCACCCUGGGGGUCGUCUUUGUUAGCCUCGUCCCUUCGAGCCUUGUUAUUCUGAUGGUAUAUGGUUUUUGCCAGUGUGUGUGUCAUGAAUUUCUAGACUGUAUGGCACCUUCUUAAUCAAUAUGCAAUCUAAGAAAUUUGACACACAUUGCCAUGUUUCAAGUUAGGUAAUUCAUUUAUUUUCUUUUCUGGUCUCUAUGAUUAGUGUUCAUGACCUUAACUAAGCCAUUGGCCAUAUGUCUGUGGUCCAUUUUCCAUCAAAUGUUGACAUGGUUGGUUUUCCUGUAUUCUGGAAGUACAAGUGUUCACUUCAUUUAGCAAAGAAGCAAAAAUAUGUAAGCUAAAUGAGGCUUCUCAGAGAAAGGGCAGGAUUUCACUCAGCCCUACAAGACAGACACUGAGAGGGGUUGUGUUCGACUGCAGCCAAGGUCUUUGUGGAAGGUUAGGAAUGUACCGAUUCCUCUUCUCGUCAUCAUGGGUAAUCUCUGAUGGGGGGUGAACACGAGAGGAGAGCGUUUCCAAGACACGUCCAUUUGAAAAGUGUGCGCUGCCCGCCGGGCUCUGCCCUUGGAGUGCCCCAUCCCCUGUGGCUGUCUUUUCUUCUGUUGAUGCUGCUCUCUGGGGGCUGCAGCUCCAGCUGAGGUGCUUGUUUCCUGCGCACUUGCUCCCUUGUCAAGAGGAAACUCGGCAUCAUUCCCUUUGGUGGUUUUAAUUAAAUAUCUGUUUUGCCACAAUACUAAAGAGAAUUUAAAACAUUGAACCAUUUGCAUCACAAUAAACUUUAUGACAGGGUGGUCACUUGUCUUUGAGACACACCCUCCCCCCAUAUUUAUUUUUCUCUCUCCCCUGUCUUCUCUGAAAUUCUUGUGGAGCAGGCAUUGCUCCUGCAAAUCUUCAUUUGCAUCUUUAAACAUUUUAGUUCAGUUUUUUCUUAAAACCACAUUGUUCCAUUAGUUCCACCCUUAUCCUGAAAGAUGUUUUAUUUAAAUUAGUUACUAUAAGUUUAUGAGGGUCUUGGUUUUCCCAUUGUACUUUAAAUUCUGUUGUGGACUUAUUUAACUCCGCCCUACAACAAUUUGGGGAUAAAUGUGACAGUGGAAACCCAGAAACAAUGAAUGAGAUGUUCUGGUUCACAGCUUGACAUGCUGAGAACCUCAAUAUUUUGCUUUACUCUUCUGAGUUAACUAAAAAAAUGAUGGUUUAGGCAUCUGUGCAAGACUGUUGGAAUACAAAAGGCAAAAGGAUGGGCAAGAAACCCAGAAAGCUGGUGCCCUGCUUGAAAAGACCCUUUAAGGAAGUAAAAUGAAGGUGGCAGAGGCCAUUUUAGAAUGGAUUCAAGUUUUUACACCACUUUUUCAAAUAAAAUUAUAAGCUUUUUUUCAUGAUGUAGAGGAAGUUGAAUGUAUAUAUUUAUCAGAGGAAAUUAUUUACCAUUUUUUAGGUUUGAGGGGAUAGAAUGUCCACAGAAACUAGAGAACAAAAAGCUUAUUAGUCUCUAAAACCCAUUACUGAUGAUUAACAUUAAAAUCUUUAUUACUCUUAGAAGGGGACAUUACUAAGACAACUUUAGUUUGUUUGUGAUGAAACAUUUGUUGUGUGAUAUAGUUGUGGUGGACCAGUUCCAAUAUUCUUAUUCAAGAAAAAUUGACACCUAUUUCUAGAAUAGUAGUUUGAUUUUAAUUACAUAACUAUUACCUUCGAGAAUAUAUAUGCCUAAGAUAAGUAUGACAGAAAAGUAUGUGUGGGAUGUAGUCCAAUGAAUUUAAGCCUCAAGACCCAGCUAAAUACACUUCUGAUUUCAUAAAAUCUACAUUAGAUAGCAUUGUGAAUACAAUUUCCAAAAGUCUGUUUGUACUUAGAGUAAAUACACAGUUAGGAAAUGUUUUGUGGUUUGGAUUUAUAUAUUUAUAAGAUUUUCUAAAGAAAUGUUCAUUUUGUCUGAACAAAAAUGAUGUUAAAUUUGAUAUUAGAGAUAUAACAUAUAAAUUAGGUAUACAGUGAGAUUUCUGGAAAGCUCUGGACAUGGGUACUAUGCAUUUUGCUUAUUUGUGUAAUGUCUGCAGUUUUAAACUUGUAUCUUUCUGUGUAUUGUGAUAGUCUUUUUUGUUGCUAGUAAGUUGACUUGGUUGUAAAAAGUUUUAAUGUAUGACAACAAAAAAUUCUUUAUGCUGUUGAAUGAAGAAAAGGACAAUGUUUCAGUGUUUUAUUUACUGCAAUGUUUUGU